CUGUUUUCACAGUCUUGCUCAGACGAAAAACACACUACUAGCCAAGGCGACUGCAGGUCGCCGCUGCCAGGGGAGGAUCAGGGAAGUCCGCGGGUCCCGUGAGUCCCGCGCGCUGGCGGUGUCUGGCCACCUACGACCGACCCACGUAGGACCUCAGCUGCGGCUCUUGCGCGACGCUCCCCGGUUCUCGCUACCUCUUAGGGGUCGGAGUCCCGCGGCCUGCGCAGCCGGGCUCUCAGCUAACAGGAAGGAAGAAGGACGCAACCUGAAACUGGCGAGUUGUACUCUGCUGGUGUCCACGUGGCCAGUCCCUCCUUCAGGGGAAGCUGGGGAAAGCAGACUGAAAGCCAGGGUUCUGCUGCCUUAGACUGAGGGAGGAGGGCCAAGGCCCUGUGCCCUAACCACGUGGGCUUGUCUUCAGGGCCACUGCCGGUGGAAUGGCCAGCCUGCAGGAGGCCAAUGGAAGCACAGCGUGGCCACCGCCCCCAGCAUCCAAUAUCAGUGAGCCCCACCAGUGCCUGCUGCUGCUGUAUGAGGAUAUCGGCUCCUCCAGGGUCCGGUACUGGGACCUUCUGCUGCUCAUUCCCAAUGUGCUCUUCUUCAUCUUCCUGCUCUGGAAGCUUCCCUUAGCUCGGGCCAAGAUCCGUGUCACCUCCAGCCCCAUUUUUAUCACCUUCUACAUCUUGGUGUUUGUGGUAGCCCUGGUAGGCAUUGCCAGGGCUGUGGUUUCUAUGACAGUCAGUGCCUCUGAUGCUGCAACAGUUGCUGACAAGAUCCUGUGGGAGAUCACCCGCUUCUUCCUGCUGGCCAUUGAGCUGAGUGUGAUCAUCCUGGGCCUUGCCUUUGGCCACCUAGAGAGCAAGUCCAGCAUCAAGCGGGUGCUGGCUAUCACCACAGUACUGUCUCUGGCCUACUCAGUCACCCAGGGGACUCUAGAGAUCCUGUAUCCUGACUCCCAUCUUUCCGCGGAGGAUUUCAACAUCUAUGGCCAUGGUGGCCGGCAGUUCUGGCUCGUCAGCUCUUGCUUCUUCUUCCUGGUCUACUCACUGGUGGUAAUUCUCCCCAAGACCCCGCUGAAGGAGCGCGUAUCCCUGCCCUCACGGAGGAGUUUCUACGUGUAUGCAGGCAUCCUGGCCACACUCAACCUGCUGCAGGGUUUGGGGAGUGCUCUGCUCUGCGCUGACAUCAUCGAAGGGCUCUGCUGUGUGGAUGCCACUACCUUCCUGUACUUCAGCUUCUUUGCACCGCUCAUCUAUGUGGCCUUCCUCCGUGGUUUCUUUGGCUCAGAGCCCAAGAUCCUUUUCUCAUACAAAUGCCAAGUGGACGAGGCUGAAGAGCCAGACAUGCACCUGCCACAACCCUAUGCCGUGGCCCGGCGCGAGGGCAUAGAGUCUGCAGGACCUGCCGGGGCUUCAGCAGCCAACUACUCCAGCACACAGUUUGACUCGGCUGGGGUGGCCUACUUAGAUGACAUUGCCUCCAUGCCCUGCCACACGGGCAGCAUCAACAGCACAGACAGCGAACGCUGGAAAGCCAUCAAUGCCUGAGUGGGCACCUAAGCAUCGGGGAGGCCUGUGAAGACAGAUGGGCUCCUGGGUGGAGCAGAGUGCGGUUGGGAACUCGUGUGGAUACCCCUGGGCAGGCGUGCCUGUGCCCCAGCCUCUUCCUGUUCUCCACCCCAGUUCCCUGUUGCCUCCUGUGCUCUAGUUUGGGACUGUUGCCUUCCCAGCGUUCCUGCUGGGGUCCUGCCUGCCCAGCUCCUUGUCCCUCCUUCACAGCUCUCAGCCUCUUGGCCAAGUGUAUAUAUUUUCUUGAUCUAUUUUUUAAUAAAAGCAAAAGGGUAGUA